AUGAACGGAAAUCGAGAAGUAGAAAUGGAAAGAAGCAAGCAAAUAAAGGAAGGCGAGAUGGAGAUUGAGGAGUACACAGAGGAGGAGAAGGCAAGGGUGGAGGAUGCAACAUCUGGAUUUAGUAACAGCGGGUCGAGGAUAGGUGGAUCGAAGGAUGUGUCGUUUGAAAUAAUGGCAGCAGCGAUGUAUCAGCGAAUGAUGCGACACUUUGGAGUGAAGAAUGGGAAGAAGAGUGAGAAGAGCAAGAGCAGUAGAGAGAAGGGAGCAAGGAAUACGGCAGUAAGUAGCGGGGCGGGGAAGAAGAGCAAUCGAACGGAUGUGAAGUCGCUGGUGUAUUUUUUGAUUGGGAUAGUGAUUAUAUCGUAUGUGAUAUACAAGCUAAUAAGCAUGCAGGGAGGAGAGUUUGGAGGAGAAUCAAGCAGCAGUAUGUCUAGUUCUGACAAGGAAAGGGCAAAGAUAUUGUCGUUUAAGGAAGGAAGCACUUUUAACGAGGUGACGUAUUUUGGAAAGACAGACAUGAUGGUGAAGGUUGUGUCGCACAUGACGCGGAUGGUGAACAUGAUGCGAACGCUUAAUCUGAAGGAUCUUGAGAGGAGCAUUGAGACUACGCAGAGGAACUUUCUGUUCCAUGGACCGCCGGGGACUGGAAAGACGCAUUUUAUGAAGAAGCUGGUGUAUCUGGUUGAUCUGAACAUGAAGAUGCUGCAGAUGAAGGACCAUAUUGGGAGUGAGCGUUUUAAGCAGAUGGAGUUCAACGAGAAGAUGAUAAAGGCGAAGGAGAUGAGCUCUCUGGUGAGGAUUGUGUUUGUGACGCCGUCGAUUUUGAACGACAAGUAUGUUGGGGAGACGGAGAAGAACAUCCGAGUGAUGUUUAAUGCAUCCAAGAAUGAGAACUACUGGGCGAACAUAGUGUUUAUAGACGAGAUAGACGCGUUCUUUUCGAAGAGGAACGAGAAUUCGCAGGAGUACUCGAUCAAGGCACAGACGGAGUUUCUGAACCAGAUUGGAGGAGCCUGCGACGACCUAAGAGGAAAUGUGUUUUUGUUUGGAGCAACUAACCACUUUGAUAAGCUCGACCCGGCAUUCAAGAGGAGGUUUUCGACGAUAUAUGAGUUUUCACCACCGAACGAUGACGAGAGGCUUGAGAUUUUGGAGCAGUAUCUGUGCGACAACACACAGGGUGUGACUGAUAGAUACACGGAUCUCUUGAAGCUUACGAAUGGCAUGCCGCAGUCGAAGAUAGUGGACAUUCUGAAGAAGGUAGCAUUUUCUAACGAUGGAAAAAUCAAUGAGGUCAAGUGGGAUGUCCUUAGGAAGGAGUUUGAAGAGGCUGAUCCGAAUAAGAAAGGGUCUGACGGGAGCAAGAUUGAUGUGAAUAAGUCUCUGAGGGACUAUUACUUCUUGGAGCCAAGGUUUGAGGAACCAAAGAAAGACACGAAGGACAAUCAGCCGGCCAGGAAGAGUAUUCAUAAGAUCCGUAGUCGUUAG